AUGUACUUCUACUCGUCCCCACGACGUCCUCAAUGGACAAUGCUCACAUUCACCCUCGCCGUCGGAACACUGCUCGGCGCAGCGGCAGGGGCGGCAGUGUCAGUUCCACCGGACGCGCAAUCCGUGAGACAUUGCUCUAGACUCUGCUUGAACCAGGAGAGGUGCGAGUUCAUAUUCCGUGGACGUGGCCGCAGCGCAGCCUCGGCCCUGUGUGGUGCCAUACCCGAACGGUGCGCCGACGUUCCCGGAUGUGAGCAGUUUCUCGUCCAGGGUGUAUCACCACAGCGAGAAGAACAAGAUCAACAAGAUCAACGGCGUCAGCACUAUCCGUCAAAGAUCGUCAAGGACGCCAAAUCCGUUCGGGUUCCUUCGCACCAAGAAGCUGACGAUGACGCUCGAGAAGAAGAAGACGAAGAAGAAGAAGCCUCAAAAGAAACUACUAGAGACUGGUCUCAAACUCAGCCAGGCCAGUCGUGCGCCAGCAUCUGUGACGCUUAUUGGUUCUGUGUGCGUCGUGAUCCGUGGGCGGAGGAGAUCUGCGGAUCGAUCCCGCGGCAGUGCAAGCAUGAACCAGAGUGUAGAGGCAUGCAGGUCAAUGAUUCCCGUGGCGGCGAUUCCAAGUCUACUGCCAAAGACUACUACACGUCCCGCGAAGAAAUGGAGGACAACGUCAGGAACAGCCAUGGUCAUGAAACGCCGGACAGGAAGAACAUGAGGAGGCCAGGAUGGAUAACGGCCCAGCUCGGAAACAAAUAUGGCGGCCAGGAAGACGAAGAAGAGGGGAUACAUGAUCUGGAAGUUUCAGAUCUCUAA